AUGAUACAGGUAUACGUGAGCACAACUGAGACACAGUUGACAGUUCUGGGUUUAAAGCAACACAAGCUGAUCAACCCUGUCAAAAAUCUCCAGGAUUAUUUGUGUCCGGAGCAUGACCGGCCUCUUGAGCUGUUCUGCAGAGAUGAUCAGACGUGUGUUUGUGUGAUCUGCUCUGUCACUGAACACAAGCUGCACAACACUGUUCCUGUAGAGGAGGAGAGUGAAGAGAAGAAGAACCAGCUAAUGAAGACACAGACAGACAUGCAGCAGUUAAUCCAGCAGAGAAUAAAGAAGAUUAAAGAAAUCCAGCAAUCAGUAGAGCUAAGAAAAAUAAACAAUGAAAAAGAGAAAGCCGGCUGUGUGGAGGUGUUUGCUGAUCUGAUGCGCUCCAUUGAGAGAUGUCAGUGUGAGCUGCUGGAGGUGAUGGAGCAGAAGCAGAAAGCAGCAGAGAAACAGGCCGAAGAUCUGAUUAAAGAGCUGGAGCAGGAGAUCAGUGAACUGAGGAGGAGAAACACUGAGCUGGAGGAGCUCUCACACACUGAAGACCACCUGCACCUUCUACAGAUGUUUCCAUCUUUGUGCAGGCCUUUAGACACGAAGAUCUGGACUGGGAUCAAUAUUAACACCGGUGUGAGUGUGGAGACUCUGAGAAGCGCUCUGUCUCAGCUGCAGGAGACUUUACAUGAGAAAUUUUGUAUAAAUGUGUUGAAGAGGAUCCAGAAGUAUACAGUGGAUGUUAUUCUGGAUCCUGAUACAGCUCAUCCGAAGCUUACCCUGUCUGAUGAUGGAAAGCAAGUGCGGUAUGGAGCCAUAAAGCAUGACCGCUCAGGCAGUGACAAGAGGUUUGAAAAUUAUACCUUUGUCCUGGGAAAGGAGGGCUUUUCCUCGGGGAGAUUUUUCUUUGAGGUGCAGGUAAAGGAAAAGACUCAGUGGAUUUUAGGUGUGGCUAGAGAAUCCAUUAACAGAAAGGAGAAAUUCUUCCUCUGUCCUGACGAUGGCAAUUGGUCUGUGUGGCUGAACAAUGAAAAUGAGUAUAAGGCUUGUGACUCUCCAAAUAUCUCUCUCUCCUUGAAAGUAAAGCCUAAGACGGUGGGUGUGUUUGUGGAUUACGAGGAGGGUUUAGUCUCCUUUUAUGAUGUAGAAUUCAAGUCUCAUAUCUACUCUUUCACUGGUCAGUCUUUCACUGAGAAACUCUAUCCGUUUUUAGGUCCCCAGACUAAUGUUAAAGGCAAAAAUUCAGCACUACUGAUCAUCUCAUCUGUCACUUACAAUGAAUAAAUUAAACUCAAAUAGGAAAUACUAGAUAAAAUAUAUAUUUAUAUACAUCUGAAUUGUGAUACACAUGCUUUUGUUUAAAUGCUAAAGAGUGUACAUUUUUAAUUACAGACUGUUCAGUUUUAUACAA